CAAUCAACUGUAGACCGACGACGCGGCGACGCGCGAAAUUCUGCCCGCCAUACUCUGAUUCACAAGCGUUUGAACGCAGCUUUGUGGUUCCUUUAGUUAUUUGCGCUAAGCCAAACUGGAACCUCACAACGGAGCCGAGGCAAACUUGAGUUGGAACGCUGCAACGCUAGCAAGCACGGUACAGGCUGAGACUAGUCCCAACGUAGUGUUAGGAUCGUUGUUAGAGGCGCUGCCUAGCAAGGGCUUGCUGUCUCACUCGUCGCAGCUCUCGACGAUGAGCCAGGCCGCAGCUUGCCGCGCGUGGAGAGGGCUUUAACACGGACGGCAAGAUGAGUAGGCUUGAGUGCUCAUGAGAACCUACUCGUAUGCAUCGACGGGCGCGGGCUCGGCGCGGACAGCGGAGCCGGCGGGAACCCGCCCCAGGCGGGUGCCUAGCCCGGAGCUGCUGCGGCGUAGCAGCAAACACAAAUGGUCUUCUGCAUGCCCGCCCGGGAGAGCGGCAGCAGCGCUACUGAUACUGCUGGGGGCGCUGCUUCAGCGAUCCUGCGUAGCGGCACAGGGCCUCGCCCCGCCCCCGCCCCCGCCGCUCCUCUCCUCCACGACGCCUGCAUCCAGCGGCUUUGGAGUCGCCGGCAGCAGAAACAGCACCAGCAACGCCAGUAGCAUCAACGCCAACAGUAUCAGCGGGGGUUCGGGGCACAACGACACGCCGACCAACCACGUGACCGUGGGCUGCGGCCUGCGUGCCGUGCUGCCGGCGCUCACGAGCUACUGCCGGGAGGCCACGCGGCGGGCGCUACAGGCGGAGGCCAGCCACAACCCCCGACUGGCCAUUGUGGACAUUGUGUCUGACGACGGCGGCGUGACGCCCCCCGCCGCCGCCGUGAACGCGGACGUGCGCGUGCUGAGCGCUGCCGAGUCGGCACUGCAGCCGCUGCUGUACGAACACGCGCGCGGCAACACCAGCUACCUCUCGCAGCUAGAUGCCAACGUGAGCGCCGGCGCCCGCCUUCCUAGCAGCUUCCUGUCUGUGCCUGGCGGCGCCGCCGGCGGGCCGCUGCAUGCGCCGCUGCUGCUCUUCUACCGGCGCGAUUGGUGGGCGUCGAUGCUGGCGCGUACCUCUUGGCGAAACGGCGGCGGCGGCAGUAGCAGUGAUGGCGGCGGGGAGGCGGCGGCGCCGCCGCCGCCGACGUGGCAGGCGCUGGUGGAGGUGCUAGAAGCCAACGUGAACACCAACCUGGAACCUGACGUCAGCGAGCCUGAUCACGUGUUGUGUGUGGACAUGAUGGAGGGCUGCAAGGGCUGGGCUGUGUUGGCGGGCAUAUACGCCUCCAUGACUCAGACCAAGGGCGGCUGGCAGGGAGCGUACUUCAACCGAUCCGCCGCCGGCGGCCUAUCGCCGAGCGUGGGCAACGUGGCCAUGGCGGCGGCGCUACGACUGUACAGCCGGAUGGCCCAGGUCAACGCCGCGCCGUACACCCCCGGCGGCGCCGCCACGAGCGUUGACCGGGUUCCGGUGGAUCCAAAGCAUUACAUGGUGGCGGGCGGCGACGUGGAUCCAGCAACGGGGCUGCCGGCGUGCGGCGUGGUGAAUUCGCUGUUUGCGGCGGGACGCUGCCUGUUCACGAUUGACUGGGCACCCGCGGCUUUGGCGAUGACUGCCGGCGAUGCUGUGGGCGUGUCUGGCAACCUGGGUGUGGGGCUGCUCCCGGGCAGCAGCGAGGCACUGGAUCCCACCGCCGGCAACACCCUGCAGCUGUGCACACGCGCCUCCUGCCCCCUGGCGGAGGCGCUGCCCAAGCCCUUCAACACGGUCAUGUCAGCCUACCAGAUCGCAACCGAGAUGAGCGCGCAGCCACCGCAGCCGCCGCAGCCGCCCAGCCAGCCGCCGCCGCCCAACAUGCCGCCGCCACCCAGCCCGCCGCCGUCGUACCCGCCGCCGCCGUCGCCGCCGUUGCCGCCGUCGCCGCCGCCGCCCAGCCCACCGCCGCUGCCGCCCGGGCUUGGGAGCACCGUAGAGAUGAUGAACAACCGAGCGCCGCUGAUGGCGGCGGUGACGCACGUGUACGUCCAGCCCGCUGACCAGAGCGCGCUGCAGGCGGCCCGAGUGAACGAGGUCAUGCGAAUCGUGGGAUACCAGGGUGGGCUCAAGUACUCGCUUCUGACAGGGCUGGCUCCCAGCAACGCCACCGUUGACACCCCCGCCGAUGGCGGCUCCAACUCCACCUCUACCUCCAACUCCAACUCCCCAUCCGGAGAGACGUGUGCCGCGCAGAUGGCGCUAGGCAGCGGCGGCGCGGGCUCCGCCGCAGCGGUCGCGGCGUCGUCCAUCCUAGAUCUGGCGCCGGAGGAUCAGGAUGCCCUAGUUGUGGCCAUCUUGGCUUCAACCCGGCACAGCAACGAAUACUUUGAUUUCAAGCUGCCCUUCAGCAACGUGUAUCGGUCGUGGUUAGACGCUGCGGCCACCCGCGCGGCACUUCAGAUCAAACACAACCUCACGGUUGACGCCGCGGCAAUCGCGGCCAUGGCGCAGAUGAUCAGCCGUGGCGGCAGUAGCGACAGCAGCGGCAGUAGCAGUGGCGGCUCGGAUCCAGCAGCUCCAGCCAGCGGGGGUGGCGGAACUGCGUCAGUAGCAGCAGCAGUAUCCAUGACAGGCGCUGCUACUGCCGCAGACGGCGCCGCAGGCGGAGCAGGCGCGGGUGGGGGCGCAGGUCAGGGGUCGGCACACACCGUGGCGCGACACCGGCACUUGCUACAGCCGCAGGGGCAAGGGCCGCCGGCAGUAGCAGAUGGUCCGCAGCUGCCGCUGCUGGUGGUCCCAGUGGCGCAGUCGGGCGGCGGCAGCGACAGCGGUGGCGCCGGAAGCAACGGCAGUAGCAGUAGCAAUAGCAGCGGCAAUGGCGUGUCGGUGGUGGCAGUAGCAGUGUUGGACCCUGACCCGGUGGUCCAGCAGCUGGUGAUGGAGCUGCAGAGAAAUUUCACGGAAACCAUGAGCCGGUUUCCCUACACCAACAUUCUUCGCUUCCUCUAUGAGUAUUACCUCCCCGCAAAGCCCGUCGAGGCGCCGCCGCCGCCGGCGCCCAUCGACAACCCAGCUUUGCGAUUGGGGCUACCCAUCGCACUCACGGUGGGCUGCACGCUCAUCAUCCUGGGCGUGGUGGCGGCUGUGGCGGUGUGGAUGGUGCGCAGCCGGCGCUUCAGGUCCAAGGCACUCCAGCCGCCGGGGCCCGGGCCCGCCACCACACUGGUCAUGACCGACGUGCAGAACUCCACUCUUCUUUGGGAGCUGCUGCCGCUGGGUGUGAUGGACGUGUGUCUGAGCAUUCACCACCGCAUCAUGCGCCAGGCUAUCUCCGACCACUGCGGCUAUGAGGUUUUCACGGAGGGAGACGCCUUCUGCGUGGCCUUUUGGAGCCCCGAGGAGGCGCUUGGCUUCGCAUUCCAAGUGCAGGAGGAGCUCCUGAUGGCGGACUGGCCCGACGUCCUCCUACAGCAGGAGGACGGGUGUGAGGUCUGGGCGCAGCGGUGCCACGUGGGACCCAGCCUUGGAAGUAACGGCGGCGGCGGCGGUUACGUCGCCGCCGCCGCCGCCAGCUCCAGCAUGGCAGCGGCGGUUACAAACCGCGGGCUGCGCAUGCUGCGCACGAGCACCGCACAGCAGCCGCUGGCGCUGCCGCCGCCGCCGUCCUUUUCCGCCACGCCCUCCGCUGCAGGCGCGGGCCCGGUGGGUAUGGGUGCGGGAGUGGAGGGUGGCAAUCCGAGGCUUGCGCCGACGCUGGCGUCAGCGCUGGCGGCGCGUUGGUCUGCAUCGUCGUCGCCGCGGCAGCCGCUGCCGCUGCCGCCGCCGCCGCCACCGCCCCGGGCGCCGACGGCUCCGGCGCCGCCGGAGCAAGCGCCUGCUUCGAAGGCCCCUUCACGGCUGCGCAUGCUGGUGGCAAAGACGGACGCACUCAACCGCUUCCAGCGUCGCAACUCGGCGCCACUCGCCGCCGCCGCCGCAACUUUGUUGAGCAGCGGCAGCGGCAGUCGCAGCGGUGGAGACGGGGGCGGGGGCGGGGGGGAGCAGCAAGCGACGGUGGCCGCGACAGGGACGCACCGUGUCGUUGCCGAUGGCGGGCACGGUGCGCCUCUAGGGCGGGGGCCAGCGGGCGCGUGGCCAAUUUCCGCGGGCCCCCCAGCGGCACUGCUGGGGACCGGCAGUAGCAGCACCACCUCCCCGGCUGCAGCUACAGCCACAGCUACAGCCAGGAGCCCUGCAGAGGAGGCGGGGCAAGGGCCGGGGCCGGGGCAAGGGCCGGGGCUGGGGAAGGUUCGCAGCCCAACGGGCCAGGUCCCGUCGCCGUCAGAGCCGCUGCACAAGCUACAGCUGCCGGGUUCGUGUGGCGUGCGCGAGCCCGCGGUCGGCGCAGCAGCUGCUACAGCCGCUACAACUGCUGCAUCCACUCCCACCGGCCGUCGGUCCGGCGAAGGCAGGGGCGCUGACGUCAGCAUCCGGCGUCUGGCCCAGGUCCGGGAGCACGACGACGGCGCCCGUGCACCGGCGGCGGCGGCUACAGCCGGCGGCGGCGGCGGCGGCCGUGGCGGCAGCCGUGGCGGCGGCGGCGGCCUUGAAGCUGGCCUGGUGGUGCUACAGCCGGCCGGCAUCGCGGUCAGCCAGGACGGCAGUAGCAGCAGCAGUAGCGGCGCCGGCAGCUCCGACGACGACCGCGAUGCGCGCGAGCGACCGUCCGCUGCUGCAGCCGGCCCUUCGACUUCUGCUACAGCCAGGGAGCGGCCGUCGGCGGCGGCGGCGGCGGCGCGGGCGGCGGCCGCGGGCGGCGACGGCGACAGCAACCUGGUCGGCGGCGACAUGGAGUUUGCGAUUGACGACUUUUUCAAAGGCGACGCGGACUGGCGGAAUGAGGUCACGUGGGAGCCAACCGACCAGGUCCUCGAGGCGGGCGCCAAGGGAAGCCGAAAGGCCGUGCGGCUCUCCAGCGGCAACCAACGCGGCGGCGGCGCCGCCGGUGCUGGCAGCCGCAACCGUGCCGGCACGGCCAGCGCCGACCGUGCCAGCGGCGGCGGCGCCGCCGCCAUGAUCUCGCCGUUGCUGCAGCCGUACCUCGCACGUGACCGUGGCAAGGCGCCGGGCAGCGGCAGCAUCACCGCCGCCGCCGCCGCCGCUUUCGGCCGGCGGCGCGGUGGCGGCGUGCUCGAGUCGGCCAUGUCUGACGGCGCCAACGACCGCGACAGCGACGUCGCCAUCCGGACCGCCAGCAUCCGCGGCGGCGGUGGCGGCGGCGGCGGCAGCAGCGGCGGCGCGCGCAACUUGUUUGACAGCGGCGGGACCGGCGUCGCGCCGCGGCGCAAGAGCGUGUUGGGCCUGCCGCGUUUGCACCUGUCAGCAUUUUACGGCGCAAGCGCCGACCGGGGCAGCGGCGGCGGCGUUGCCGCCACCCCCAGCCCGAUGGCAGUUGCGCGCCGCCACUUUGACACCGUAUCGCAGGCCUCGGGCUCUCCUGCGCCCGCCGGCCUCACCAGCACAGCCACCGGCGGCGCUGUGGUGGCCAUCGACCUCGAGCGCUCGCCGUUGGCGUCGCCGGCGUCACACCGCAACGGCAGCGCCCGCCACGGCACCGCCGGCGGCGCCGCCGCCACGAGCGGCGACGGCUACGGGCAAUUGCACGUGCCGGACUUGGAAAGCGCGCCGACGCACCCGCCGCCACAACCAGUGCACACCGGCGUCGCGGGCGGCGGCGCGGGUGGCGGCGGCGUGCUGGCGAAGCUGAGCUCCCUGCGCCUGGCGCUGCUGCGGCUCGGCCGCCAGGGCUCCGCCGCAGCUGGCGGCGGCGGCGGAAGCGGAAGUGGCGGCCUUGGGACCGCCAACACCUCGCCGUCCGCGACGCCGCCGGCGGCGGCGGCGGCGGCGGCGUGCACGCCGCGCCGGUGCGCCACCUCGCCGCUUGUCGUACUUGACGUAGCAGACGUGGCGGAGGCGGCCGCCGCCGCCACCGCCGCCGCCAACGGCGCUGCCGCGGGCACACACCACACUCCCCCGCACCCGUAUGCCCACGACCACGCCCACGGGCACGGGCAAGGGCACGUGCACGUGCAAGGCAUAUCGCCGCACGGCCUGGGUAGCCGUAGCUCAACCGCCGCCGCCGCCGCCGCUGCCACCGCCGCCGCUGCCGCCGCUGCCACCGCCGCCGCCGCCGCCGCGCUGCCGCCGCCUCCUGGCCUCGACGACACACAGCCCAUCAUCGUCAGCGCCGGGCCCUUCAUCGCCAGUGAGACCACCACCAUGGGCACCGGCCCCUCACGGUGGGGCGGCAAAUUCAUGGCGACUAUGGGCCCCAUCGACCGCCGCUACCUGACCGGAGCGCUGCCUGGCGGCACCGGCGCCGCCGCCGGCGCCGGCCCUAGCGGCGGCUCCGCCGCCGCCGGCGCCGGCAUCUUCGACAAGCUGUGGUACGACAUCAACACAGCCGCCGUUGCGCCGGCGGCUGCUGACGGCGCGGCGCCGCCAGCCAUGGCGCCGGUGUCGGAGACAACGGCGGCGCCGUCGGAGGGCAUGGCGGACACACCGGUAGGCACGCGCAAGGGCUCGGUGUCGCAUUGGCGCUCCAUGACGGCGGCUGUGUCGAUGGCAACGGCGGGGGCACGCAGCGUACUGCCUGGCGGAGCAGGUGGCGGCGGCGGCGGCGGCGGCGGCGGCGCGUCAGGUGCGGUAAUGGAGGAGGUGGCGGGGCAGGGGUCGGGCAGCGGCGCCGCCGCGCCCAUGCCACCUGCGUCACGUGCGCCGUCAGCCUCUGGCGGCGCCGCCGCGGCGCAAGCCGCCGCGGUUGCCGCCGCCGCCACUGCCGCUGCCGCCAACGCGGCCGGUCCCGCCGCCUUGGUGACGGUUGGGGCCGUGCUCCGGCGGUUGUGGGUCAACGACCCGUUAGGACCGUUGCACUUUUUCAGGGCAACCGCCGCCGGCGGCGCCGCCCAUCUGUUGGACAGUCCCGCCACGUGCGCCAUUGCGGAGGAGCGCGGCGGCGGCGGCGGCGGCGGCGGGUCUGCUACAGCCGCCGCUACAGCCGCGAGUGCCGCCGCCGGGCCGUCUGUGCUACAGCUGGGCACGCCUCGUGCCCGGGACAACGACCUCAACCACUAUGCCAGCCGCCAGGCCAACAACCACCAACCGCCGGUCCUCGUGUUCCGUGGCUUGCGAGUGCGCAUAGGGAUGAACUCAGGACUUGAGGAGUCGGAGUACAUGGUGACCCAAUCGGGUCUGGGCGUGCAAGCGGUGGCCUACUGCGGAGACUUCUUCGCAACAGCCAAGGAGGUCGGGGACGUGGCCAUGGGGGGCAUGGUGGUGUUGAGCGCCUCGGCCUUCGCAGCCUACCACAGCACCCAGACCCGCACACGCAAAACCGGCGGGGGCGGCGGCGGCGGCGGGGGCGGGGGCCGUAUCGCCGCCUCAGACAUGCUGAUACUACAUUUGGGCGAGCACGCAUUCGACAAGGCCGCGCCGCCGGCGCCGCCGACGCCGCCGCCAUUGCAGGAGCAGCAGCAGCCCUCGGGACCCCAAAAGCUGGAGCAUGAAGAAACGCUCCUGCUCCGGCCGCCGGAGCGGGCUGCCACCGGCAUCCCAACUGCCGCCGCCGGCACAACCGCCAUAACCGCCGUAACCGCCGCCACGCCGGAGGUGCCCGUACGGUCGUUGUACGGCGCCCUCAGCCCCGCCAUGGCGCCGCGGCUUGCCGUACUCCCUGACCUGGUCCGAAACACACGUGUCGUGGCGCCGGGCUGCCUGGCAGCCCCCGCCGGCGUCGUGGUCCCCGUCUUCUGCAACGUCGUGGGCUUGGAGGUGCUCGUCGCGUGGGAGCGCGUGAUUCAACAGCGUGCCGCGCGCGAGCUAAGCGCCGCUUCCACGCACGCCACCGCCGCCAGUGGCGGCGGCGGCACGGGCGGCAUGUCCAGUGACGAUGGCGGCGGUGGUGGCGGCGGCGGCGGAGCUGGCGGCAGUGUGCCGGGUAGCAGCGCGCUCACCGGCGGCGCGGGUGUGGUGCAGGCGGCGCUGCGGCUGCUGCGGGCGGUGGGCAGGGCGUUGGUGGCUCGGCACGGCGGCUACGUGGUGGCUUCGUCCUGGGACGGCGCGCACUGGGUGCUGGUGUUUCCCUCGCCCGAGUCGGCGUUGUUGUGGGGGCUGGACAUGCUCGAGGCCAUGCUCACAGCGGACUGGCCGCCAGGCUUCACCGAGCACGAGCUCACAGAGGAGGUCUUCAAUGACGGCGUGCUGGUCAGGCGCGGGCUGCGCCUGCGCAUCGGCGUCGACUGCGGGCGCGCCAUGGUGCGGGUGGUGCCUCGCAGCGGCCGGCUGGACUACGUGGGCAGGCCCAUGAACCGCGCCGCGCGCAUCGCGGCCAAGGCCAAGGCGGCGUGGAUGCUGGCGAGCGAUGCGGUGUGGCAGGCCGCCAGGCCCGCGGUGGCGCACGCCGCGGUCGCCCACAGCCUGGGCUCGCUUUCACUCAAAGGCGUGCGCGAGGACAUGCACUUGUGGGCGCUGCGGCCGCGGCGCUGCUUCCCGGCCUCACCGCCGCCGUCGCAGACUCAGGAGGAGCAGGAGCGGUUGCUAGCGAGGGUGCCGCCGCCAGGAGCAGCAGCAGCAGCAGCAGCAGCAGCGGUACGUGAUGCCUCGGCGACGGCCCAGGGUUAUGGUAGUGUUGGUCAGGGCCAGGGUCAGCAGCAGUGGGGACCGCCGCUGGCGGCGCAGUUGCGUCCGGGGUCUGAAGCGGCGGCGGCGGCGGCGUUUGCGGGGCGAACGAUGUCCGCCGCGGCGGUGGUGUCGGCGGCGGUCGCGGAUGGCAGUGGCAUUUGACUGUGAGGAGGGAGUAGUGACCCGGACGCGGUGCGAGAGGGCGGGUUUGUUUGGCGGGCACGCAGUCAUCGGUGGAGUGCGGAGAAGCGCGGGGGCGCGGGACCAUGCGGCGUGGCGUUGGUGUCGUGGGUAGUAGUAGGGUGGUUGGCAGCUCGGCGGCUGGACGCGCUCUCGGUGCAUGCGUGUCGAUAUUACGGUAUCGGUACGGCUGGAUGCGGUAGAUAGCACUUGAGCAAGCAUGGAACGAAGCAGCAGUAGCACAGGCAACGCUAGCGUGGGUAGGACACUGGGUUGGGUCAUUGCACAUGCCCACUAAGGCCUGGUGUUGACUGCUGAAGCAAACGGUUGACCAUUCCACGCUAUUCCACGGCUGUUCCGUCAACACGGUCACCUUGCCGUGCAAUCUCGACAGGGGUAGCAGCCAUGCUGAGCGGGCGAGCGCUUGCGGAAGUAACAAUUUUGACUGAAGGAUGUUGGCCUGAGAGCUUCUCUGUGAUGAUGGACGGAUGGGGCCCGUAUGAUAGAUGUUGCAUUGCCCAUUCUUUGGAACUGUCCGCUGCAACUAGAAGAUUAUCUGUGGUAAUGGAUGGAGCCUUUAUGGUGGGAUGGUAAUGGAUGGGGCGGGGCCUUCAUGGUAGGAUGGUAAUGGAUGGGGCUGUGACACUACGCGCCGCACCCCCAAAAUUUUCGCGUUGAACUAAUCGUGCGACUAGCCAACCGCCUAUCUUGGGGAGUAACGGGGCUGCCCUAGGAUCGUCUGAUGUCGCUGGGGGCACACGAGGGGCGUAUGAGGACGUGCCCUGGUGCUGUGCCGGCUGGUUCCCCUGAAGAGACAGAGAGGGGGCAGCGUAGUGCCUAAGCGGAUUGCUGGUGAAGGCUGCCGCUGCGCGUCCCGCGGUCUUAGGCAGUUUCCCUCCCGAGGGAUGAUUGACAUGGGGCGGUAAGUCAACCGUAUACCGUUACAGUAGCAGCGCAGUGGGAAAGACCAUCCACUGGUGCGUGAGUGUUUGGUUAGGGAGCGGCUACCAGGAAUGUCACGUCUGGUGCCCUCAGUGAUAGAUGCUGCCUGGGAAUGGCUACCUGGAAUGUUACGUCAGGCUAGCACCCGGCCCUAUCGCGAUGAGGUGUUGAUUGAUUGCCUGGGGAAGGCUACCUGGAAUGUUACGUCAGGCUAGCACCCGGCGCUAUGCCUAAGCAACAAGCGGUCAGCCGCUUAAAUACUCAGGGGCGACCCCCAUUGGUCGUACACGGAUCUAGAAUCCAUGUGCAACGUUGUCAAUUACGUAACAGACCACUCGUGCAACGUUGCUACUUACGUAAUCUGCCUCCCAGUCCGACCGCCUCUGUCCGACUGCCUACUGGUCUGACAAUUACGUA